GUGCCCCUGUCCUCGCGUAGCGCCGCGCCCUCCCAGCGCCGCCGUCGUCUUCCUAUGCCUCGCUGCUCCGGCACGCGCCCAGCGCCGCCCCUCCCUGACGGUCCCGCAGCUCGGCCUGCACGCCCCUCCCCGCGCCGGCCGAACUCGCCGCGCCCCCGGGGGGCGCCCGGCCGCGCUGCCACGACCGCGCCGGCACCGGCCCCGCUACGGCAGCGCCUGCCCCGGCCAGCGUCCACCCCGGCCUACUCUUCCAGUUCUGCGAGUGUUCGGUCAGAUUUUACUAUUUGCUGUUGCAAGCGAGUCCUCAAAUUUCUGCCCAUCUUUAAGGAAGCAGCAAAGUCAUUUAAGGGAAAGAGAAGAGGCCGUCUAAGGGGUCUCGGAGUACCCGGAUUGUCUUCGUCGGCGUUGUGGGUGUGCCUGGACCGCGUCUGCUCCGCUAGCAUUACUCCACCGACACCCUAGGAUGGAGGACCGUGAGUGGAUGUACACGCUCCGGAGAGAUGCGAAGGAUUUCGACUUGCUGUUUAUACACAAGGUCGAAGGUUUCUUGAAUCAAGCAUUUGGCAAGAGUGCACACGACCAUUCUCUAGUUGUUUGUCCUUGCAGUAGUUGUGACAAUAGAAGAAGGAAAGAUAGGACAACCAUGGGUAAACAUAUUGUGAAGUUUGGAUUUACUCCAAGCUACCACCGGUGGAUCCACCAUGGUGAAGCUGAUCGUAUCAGAGAGGAGGUGGUGAGACCUCGACUCGAGGCUUUUGCUGAUGAUGCGGGGGUACCAGACAUGCUAGAUGACAUUCACCAAGCUCAGUUCGCUGAAGGACGUGAUAAGGAGGAGGUGGAGGCUGCCGCAGAUGACUUCUACCGAAUGUUGGACUCGGCACAGAGACCCCUUCACGAUCAUACUAAUGUUUCUCAGCUAGAUGCCAUUGGUCGCGUGAUGGGGUUGAAGGCCGAGUUAAACCUAAGUCGAGAAGGCUUUGACAAGAUGGUGGCCGUGUGGGGAGGCAUGCUACCGAUGACACACAUUAUGCCAAAGAACUUGUACGAGUCAGAGAAGCUCCUUCGUGCACUUAAGAUGCCGUAUGACAAGAUACAUGCCUAUCCGAAUGGGUGCGUCUUAUUUAGGAAAGAACACAGUGAUGCCAAGUACUGCCCAAAGUGUAAAUCCUCCAGAUACGUGGAGGUAGACUCAGGCGAUGGCCAGAAGAGGCAGCUUACGAUCCCCAUGAGAGUCCUACGACACCUUCCGUUCCUGCCAAGGCUCCAACGGCUAUUCAUGACUGAAGAAUCCGCGAAACAAAUGACAUGGCACAAAAACGGCAAAAGGUACAACCCUGGGAAGAUGGUACAUCCAUCCGAUGCUGAAGCAUGGAAGCACUUCAAUGCUCGGCAUCCUCUCAAAGCAGAGGAGGCUCGUAAUGUACAUGUCGCCCUGGCAACAGAUGGGUUCAAUCCAUAUGGUAUGAUGGCUGCACCAUACACAUGUUGGCCCGUGUUCGUCAUCCCCCUCAAUCUCCCCCCCGGUGUCUCCUUUCAACGGCAUACCAUGUUCCUAUCGUUGAUAAUUCCUGGACACCCGGGGAGUCAUAUGGGUGUCUUCAUGGGGCCUGUGAUAGAUGAGUUGAUCCAUGCUUGGGAUGAAGGGGUGUGGACAUACGACCGAGCUACGAAGACAGGCUUCAAAAUGCACGUCUGGUACCACUACUCCCUGCACGACUUCCUGGCGUACGCGUUAAUGUGCGCUUGGUGUGUUCAGGGGAAGUUCCCAUGCCCAAUAUGCAAGGACGCUGUGAGGUUCAUAUGGUUGAAGAAGGGUGGCAAGUAUUCAUCGUUUGACAAACAUCGUAAAUUCCUCCCUCUUGACCAUGCAUUCAGAAAAGACAUCAAGAAUUUCACGAAAGGUGUCAAAGUGACAGACCCUAUACCACACUUGAGGACGGGGGCCGAGGUUCGUGCUUAGAUAGAUGCUCUCGUGCCUGGGCCGGAUGGUAAGUAUGUGGGAUAUGGUGAGCAACAUAUGUGGACUCAUAAGUCCGGGUUGACGAGGCUCCCCUAUUUUGAUGACCUCCUACUACCACAUAACAUUGAUGUCAUGCACACCAAAAAGAAUAUCGCCGAGGCACGUUGGGCAACACUCAUGGACACCGACAAGUCUAAGGACAACCCUAAGGCUAGAGUGGACCUUGCGACGUUGUGUGAUAGGCCAAACCUAGAGAUGCAGAAAGUGCGACAGGAAGGCAGUGGAGAAGGCCUAAGGCCCCCUACAUCUUGAAAAUCGAGCAUAGGAGGGAAGUGCUUCGAUGGAUCAAGAAUUUAAUGUACCCUGAUGGGUAUGCAACCAAUCUAAGCAAGGGAGUCAACUUAGCCACUCUGCGAGUCGACGGGAUGAAGAGUCAUGACUACCACAUAUGGAUUGAGCGAAUACUUCCGUCGAUGGUUCGAGGCUAUGUCCCUAAGCAUGUCUGGCUAAUGCUGGCAAAGCUAAGCUACUUCUUCCGCCAGCUUUGUGCCAAGGAGCUAUCUCUGGCCGUCAUUACAGAAUUAGAAACAAUGGCACCUGAGUUGGUCUGUGAGAUGGAGAAGAUCUUUCCACCUAGCUUCUUCUUGCCGAUGCAGCAUCUGAUUGUGCACCUCCCGAACGAGGCACGGUUGGGGGGGGGCCAGUGCAGGCCCGUUGGUGCUACCCAAUCGAGCGAUGUCUAAAGACUCUUUGCAAGAAAUGUACAAAUAAAGCCAGAAUUGAGGCUGCCAUUACAGAGGCAAGCAUUCGGGAGUUGGUAGCAAACUUCACAACAUCCUACUACAAGCCUAACCUUCCUAGCAGGCAUAAUCCACCCCCUCGUUACAAUGCUGGCGAAAAUGAAUCCACCCUCAGCCUUUUCAAAGGUGAACUAGGUUGCGCAAGUGGAUCGACCCCCAAGAGAUUGGAUGCAGAAGAGUGGCGCAGGAUCACGCUAUAUGUGUUCACCAACCUGCCUGAGGUUGCUCCAUUCAUACAGUAAGUUCUCAACGAGCUUGUUUCAAUACGAUGACUCUACUAUGUAUCGAUCCCCAUUGAUUCUCUUUGGUACAGGGAAUUUGUUUGUCAAGAGUGGCGUCAAUCAAUUGAUCCUAGCCCGCAUGAGCAUGAUGCCCUUCUUUCGGAGGGUGCGGGAGCUGGGAGGCCUGAUUUCAUUUCUUGGUUCAAACAAAAGGUACUUUCCAAUUUAGCUCGUACUUUUGUCGAUAACUCGAUGUUCCCUAGUACAUCGCAAGAUCCAGUAGUAUAAUGAUGUAUCAUGCUUGAACUUGCAGGCGCAGACCUAUGCGUCCAUGAGUGACGAGUUGAGACAGGUUGCAAACGGCUUCGAGCCUAGGGUGAAGUCAUAUACCGGUUAUGACGUGAACGGAUAUCGCUUCCACACAUCAAGACACGAGCAGACUCGACCCAAUCGGAAAACCACGAACAGCCAAGUUUUUACACUGGGCACUGAUGGCAUCGAAUACUACGGGGUAAUUGAGGAGAUCUAUGAACUUUUAUAUGACGGCCGGGUACCUCUUACUCCUGUCAUAUUCAAGUGCCACUGGUUUGAUCCUGGACAAACUAGACGGACCCCUCAUCUUGGGCUAGUCGAGAUUAGACAUGAUUCUGUCUAUACAGGAAAAGAUGUCUAUAUUGUGGCUCAACAGGCCGUGCAGGUGUAUCAUACACCGUACGCGUGCACAUGCAAAGACCAUCUUAAGGGUUGGUCUAUUGUGCACCAGGUAUCUUCGCAUGGUAAACUACCUCUUCCGAACGAUGAAGAUUACACCUUUGACACAAAUACAUAUGAUGGAGAGUUCUAUCAAGCAGAUGGCCUAGAAGGGAGGUUUGAGAUAGUCUUACCCGAGAUAACCGAAAUGGAAGUAGACAAUGAAAUGGUGGAUGAUGAUGACCCUAGAGAUGUAGUGGUGGAUCUUAAGGACAUUGAAAUGCUUGAGCGAUUCCAUUUAGGCAGAGACAAUGAAGAAAACACAGAACCUUCAGAUAGUGUUGCCCAUUUGGACAACUUUGACAGUGAUGACGAGACCUAUGACCUAGGGGAAGAUUAUUCCUAAAUCAUGUGACAGAAACAAAGAUGGUGGCCAACCGUUCACCGAGGCAUGUAGCCUCAGUGUACCGGAGGCUAUGCCCCGCUGGAGUCGAGGAGACGGCUUCUGCUCUAGCGGCGAGAGCAGGCCUGAGUCGUGGCCCGGGUCUCCCCAGGACGAGGACGCUGACGACGCUGAUGGGGACGGGGAGGCCCCGGGGUUGCCCCAGGCGGGGCCGACCUCCUACGCCAGCUCACGACCAGUUGGAGGACCGGCCUCCUACCCCAGCUCACGACCAGUCGGAGGACCGGCCUCCUACCCCAGCUCACGACCACCCGGAGGACCCGACUCCUACCCCAGAGGACCAUGAGGUGGCCAUGGUAACGACCCCAGACAAUCUCGUGACUCAGCAGACGGAUGAGGGGACUCAGCAGACGGAGGACAGUUCUGCUCACUCGACUCCUUACCUGCGUGGUGCCACAAGGCUUCCUAGUGUUCCGCGUCAUGAACGACGCCCACUGAUACGUCCAGCGGGAAGAAGGGGCUGGCUAGUUCUGGAGGGUGCUCUUGAUCCCCCACGCACCCCUGCUACCAUCCUGGGAUGUCUGUGUAGGAAACACUUCCCCGGCCUUGUGGACUUGGGAGAUGGGAGGUGGGAGCCGGCCUGGACGUGGGGUAGGUACGCACUCGGCGAGGAUGACGAGAAGUCCAACAAGAGGAGCGGGUUUUGGCGGACUUUUGGAGUUACUUCAAGGCCGAACCAGGUCGAGAGAACCUGACAGAUCAGACAGCACACAGAGCGUGUCAAAAGUACGUCGGUGACAUGAUUCACGAGGCAAAACUCCAAGCCCACGUCGACUACUACAGGUCCAUCGAGAAAGAGCCGUGAAGCUGACCCGGGAGCAGUACCUUCAGGUGCCGCCCAGCUGGUGCAUGUCGUAUAGAUCGGCAUGGGCGAGGAUCGUGGACAGGUUCCUAGACCCGGCGCACAUCGAAAAGCAAGAGCUCGGCAAGCGGAAGCGGGCACUGAGGGCUGGUCCAACUCACCACCAAGGCAGCCGCAACCUCCCCAAUUUCAAGCGAGCACUUGAGGCCGCACAGCCAGACGUGCCGGUGUCGGAGUUUGGGGCAUGGGCUGUGUCCCACAUGGGCUCAGUGAAAUCCGGUGUCACCUUCUACCCGGAUGCCCCUGCCCAGGCUUACUCCGACCCGACCAUCCACGCUAAAGUCAUGGAGUACACGGAGUCGGUGAGGGCGCUGCGUGGCCCAGACGUUGAUCUGCGCACUCAUCCCCUUGAGACAGAGGUGAUCGUGAGGCGUGGGCAAGGCAGGCAGCAUGGGCGGUUGUGGAUUGCAGACGGCGCUCAGUUCUCCGCCUCUGCACCUUCUCUCUCCGACGGGCACGGAGCACCAGCAGUAGCCUUCCCAUACGUGCACGACCAACUGCAACACUGUCUUGGGUCGACGAACUUACGGCCGAGCUGUUACAAACAAAGGAGUCGCACGUGCAGUUGACCGCUCAGCACGCACAGCUGACCACUCAGGUGGCGCAGCUGACCGCUCAGGUGACCCAGCUCAUUCAAACCAUCGGGCAAGGACAAGCUAUGCCGGCGGUUGCACACUACACUCCUCCUCCAUCGGUGUGUUCAAACGCUCAUCAGACAUCACCGGCGGUUGAUCCCGUCAAUCCUUCACCGACGUCCGGGAGGCCACCCUUUGAGUCUUUGCCACAGUAGCUAUGUUGACCUUUUAAUAAUAGACUUGUCAUGUUGAACUUUGAUGCAUUUGUGAUGGUCACACUAGCCAUGUUGAACUUUGAUGCAUUUAUGCGGGACUUGUAAUAUCGAACUUGUGAUGUUCAAUAUUAAUGGAUUUUCGAUGGAUUGAUGAAAUA